CUUCACUCUCUCCACUCUCAUCUUCUUCUACCCUAAGCUAGCUGUUCUUCAGAGACCAGUGCCAGAGUUAGCUCCCUGGUUUUCCGAUGGCCGGCACCGAUUUCACAGCCUCCGAGCUUUCCUCUCCGGCGGCCCCUCAUUUGGAGGAGUUGAAUGAAACAAGGCAGAAGAACGAGAAUGCAGUUCCUGUUAGUGCUAAGAUUGCUGAAUUGAGUGAAUCAAGGCAAGAGCUUCUCAGUCGAAUUCAGAAUUUGAAACAGGAUUUGCAAAGUUGGAGAUCAAAGCUGGACACUCAAGUAAAGGUCUAUCGGGAUUUCGUUCUUCGAAUUUCACAGGAGCUUUCGGAACUAAAGAAAUCACUCAAUGGAGAGGUGGAUCAACUUCGAUCGGAUUUUCAAUUGCUGAAAAGUACCCUUCAACAGCAGCAGGAAGAUGUCACUGCCAGCCUUAGAAACCUUGGGCUUCAGGAUGUUGCUGAAGGCAACAAAGACGAAGGUGCAACAUUUGGCAAUAACGGAACGGAGGGUCAGGAUUUGUCCAAGGAGAAUGCUAAAGAAACCCCAAAAUCUGCAAUGGAAUCGCCUUCUCCUCCACGAUCUGCAAUGGAAUCGUUGGAUUUAUGUUUUGAAUCUUUUGUUCCUGAGACGGAAUUUCAAGAUUGUGGAGGUGAGGACGUGAAUUUCAUCUCUGAUGACACGGAGGAGGACGAGAAAUCAACUGAAUUCAAAACGGGUAGUCACACAGAGGCAGUGCUCGGCCUUGCUUGGAAUGAGGAGUAUAGAAAUGUUCUAGCUAGUGCUAGUGCUGACAAAUCAGUUAAGAUUUGGGAUGUAUCAAAGCAAAUAUGUGAUAUCACCAUGAAUGACCAUGUUGACAAGGCAAGGCAGAACAAUUAUGUACUUCUAACUUUACAAAUGUCUUACAAGUUACAAAUCAAUUUUUGCCUGCUCACCUAUGCGUAUCUUCAGGUGCAAGCAGUUGCAUGGAAUCCAUUUCACCCCAAAAUUCUUCUUUCCGGCUCUUUUGAUCGCUCAGUUAUCUUGAAGGAUGUAAGGAUACCAUCUCAUGCUGGAUUGAAAUUUUCAGUGGCUGCCCAAGUUGAAAGCUUGAAAUGGGACCCACAUGCUGAGAAUUCAUUUCUGGUGAGCUUGGAGAAUGGUACGAUAAGUAGUUUUCACUUAGAGGCGGGUGCUGAUCCUAAUAUGAAGCCAAGUUUCACCCUCCAUGCUCAUGACAAAGCUGUUUGCUCCAUUGCUUUUAAUCCGUUGGUUCCAAAUCUUCUUGCAACAUGUUCUCUCGAUAAAACGGUAAAACUAUGGGAUUUGUCCGGCAAUCAACCUUCAUGUAUUGCCUCUAGGAAUCCCAAAGCGGGGGCUCUCUUUUCCAUUUCAUUCUCAAAUGACUACCCAUAUUUGCUUGCAAUGGGUGGCUCUGAAGGAAAGCUUGAAAUGUGGGACAUUUUAAAAGAGGAUGCCAUUUCCAAGAAAUAUGAUCAGCUGGCUCGGGCAAAGUCUAAAUCUAAGUAAUGUCACUCUAUGAAGGAGCCUAUAAAAAUGCGCCAUUUCUGGCACUUAUUUAUUGACAAAUCGGUGAAAUUCAGUAGAUGAUUAAGCAAUUUUG